AGAUCCUCAAGGCAGGCACCUGAAUCUAGUUUCUGAAAAAUGGACAAGAAGGUGGACAUCUUCAGGAGGGAGUUAGUGGAUCAUCAGGGUGUCCCCAUCUUCUGGGGUACUGCUGAGGAGUGGUGGCAGGUGGAGUCAUUUGAGACCCGACCAGAUGACCUUCUGAUUGCAACCUACCCCAAAUCUGGAACAACCUGGAUCAGUGAAAUAUUGGAUUUGAUCUAUAAUAAAGGGGAUGUGGAGAAAUGUAAGCAGGACACAAUAUACAAACGAGUGCCGUUCAUGGAAAUGAUAAUUCCUGGAGUGGAGAAUGGUGUGGAGUAUUUGAAAAAAAUGCAGUCUCCUCGAUUAGUGAAAACACACCUACCUGUUCAACUUCUCCCUCUUUCGUUUUGGAAGAAUAACUGCAAGAUGGUCUACAUGGCACGAAAUGCUAAAGAUGUGGCUGUGUCUUACUAUUAUUUCUACCAGAUGGCAAAAAUACACCCAGAGCCUGGCACCUGGGAAGAGUUCCUGGAUAAAUUCAUGACUGGGAAGGUGGCUUUUGGUUCUUGGUAUGAUCAUGUGAAAGGCUGGUGGGAGAAGAGGAAUGAUUAUCGUAUUCUUUACCUAUUCUAUGAAGACAUGAAAGAGGAUCCAAAGCAUGGAAUUCAGAAGUUGUUAAAGUUUCUAGAAAAAGAUAUGCCAUAAGAAACUGUGGAUAAAAUCCUCUACCAUAGCUCUUUUGAUGUGAUGAAACAGAAUCCAUGUACAAAUUAUACCACUAUGUCAAGUGCUCGUAUGGAUCAUUCCAUAUCUCCCUUCAUGAGAAAAGGUAUUUUGGGAGAUUGGAAAAAUCACUUCACUGUAGCCCAGUAUGAGAGAUUUGAAAAAGAUUAUGAAAAGAAAAUGAAAGGGUCUACACUGUCGUUUCGUUCAGAGAUUUAA